CCGAAGGUUUCGUAACUUUCCUGACCCCUUGUCUCAAAGACAACACGCACACACCCAGGUGUAAAGCCCUCAAUACUACAAUUGUAGAAUCCACGGAAGCUGAGCAGGUCACUGGUACAGGGAUUUCAUCUGAUCAUGAACUGACUGAAGCGCAAUCUUGGGCGUACAGCCUUAUAAUGAAAGAGCGUCUUCCAACAAGCGUUAGUACAUUCUUCCGGUCGGCUCGUGAUCGAUCCUAGGAAUAGUAAUGAAGUCGGAAGGGCUCGUCACAAAGCCAGUCCGGACGAGUGCAAGAUCAGCCCCAGAACUGUUUGUUGACCUACCAACACAGACUGGCAACAACCACACUUUCGGCAUCUGAACCUGGGCCGCGACUUGUGCCACGUGUAGAUGAUAUACCACUCUACUCUGGCGCUGGACUGGCACCGACCGGUCCCUUGGAUUAAUCGUAGAUCACCCCAUGCAUCCUUACGCCGUUACGGCUUACAACCAAGUGCUCGACCAUGGUCAAAGGGAUCCUGGUCUUUGCUACUGUGAUUAUCACGGUCGUGGCGAUCAGCAGAAUGUACUUCCGCUUGCCGUCGUUUACAACAGCUGCUAGUCGGUCAACCCAUGAUGAAAGUCCAGCGCAGACACCAGAUGACAAUGGGAAGUCCGCAGCUGAGGUUCGCAUGCGCAGGCAGCCUCAUAUCCUGUUUGUUGUCGCCGAUGAUUUGGGUUGGAAUGAUAUUGGCUUUCGCAACGAUGCGGUGCUGACGCCAAAUUUGGAUGCACUGGCGCGCGAAGGUGUAAUCCUAAACCAGAGCUAUGUGCAACCGAUAUGCUCUCCAACACGGAGCUGUUUCAUGACUGGGCGCUAUCCUAUCCACACAGGAGUCAAGGGGAUCAUCAUGCCUCAACAAGGCUUUGGACUCAACCCCACUCUCAAUACCAUAGCAAACGCCCUCAGGGAACUUGGAUAUGCCACACAUAUGGUGGGAAAAUGGCACCUUGGCUUCUGCAAGCAAGCCUACAUUCCAACUCAGCGAGGCUUCGAUACAUUCUAUGGCCACUAUCUAGGUGCGGAGGAUUACUACACACACCGGCGUACAGCUUCAGUACCAGCAGCUGGAAGGCAAGGAGUGCGCAAAGUGCGUGGAUAUGACUUUCACCGGGACACUAGGGACAGCUUCCACAGUGAGUAUGCUGCAGAUGGAGUCUACUCAACGGAGGCAUUUGGUAAAGAAGUGGUUGACAUUAUCGACAGACAUGAUCCAAGCACGCCGUUGUUUCUAUACCUCGCUUUCCAGGCCAUCCAUGGUCCCUUGCAGGUUCCCAGGCGCUACUUGGACAUGUACAAGAAUUUUAAAGGCUCGUCCGACCGACGUCAUGUGCUUGGCAUGCUAGCGGCUAUGGACGAGGCCAUAGGGAACGUAACACAGGCUCUCAGACAAAACAACCUGUGGGACAACACACUGGUGGUCUUCACUACAGAUAAUGGUGGUGAGGUCACACAGGGUGGCAAUAACUGGCCGUUGCGAGGUAACAAAGGCACGGUGUGGGAGGGCGGCACACGUGGUACGGCUUUCAUUCACGCUAGCUGGUUGACAACAAAGGGCAGUACAUACAAUGGAAUUAUUCAUGCCGUCGACUGGUACCCAACAUUGAUAGCAGCUGCUGGUGGUGACAGUGGUGGCAGUGGUAACAUCAAAGACGGCAUGGGCAUUGAUGGUCUGGACAUGUGGCCGGCACUGCAAGACAAUCGUACCUCGCCACGAACGGGUUUUGUGUACAACAUCGACCCCGACAGCAACACUUUUGCUAUCAGGGUGGGCCGGUACAAGUACAUAAAAAGCAAUGCUGGUCUGAGAGACAACUGGUACCCGGCUGCUGCUGAUGGUGACUCACAGAGAUGGCUACUGUUUGCACUCCGUCAAUCUGAGAGCAGCGUGAAGACACUGGCCGCUGGUCCGUGGCUCUUCAAUGUUGAUAAUGACCCAUUGGAGAAGAACAAUCUGCAUGAUAGCAUGCCGGAGCAGGUUCAGCUGAUGGAACGCGAGCUGGCCGGCUACAUGGAGUCCUACACUGCGCCGCCACGGUGCGCGCAUACUCUUGACCCUGGCUGCGACCCAGGCCUGCGCGACGGCACUUGGUCCCCGGGAUGGUGUUGAUGGCGGCACUGGGUCUCCGAGAUGGUGUUGAUGGCGGCACGUGGUCUCCAUGCAGGGCGAUGUCACAGAGUCCUGGCUCAACCCAGUCUGCAGAUAACAUUUUUAACGUAAUUAUGCUCAAAUGGCCAACCAUACUGGAAAAUUACACGCAGAGUGCCAUGGUAUUCUAGAAAACCAAUAGGUCUCAGUCAUGUGCGGCUUCAUAAAAUCGUAUUUAUUAUAUUUGUCACAAUUUGUGAUAUAUGCAUUAAAUCUUGUGUUUAUUUGAGUGCAGAGAACCACCAGAAUAGACGCCGAUUGAAUCAGAUGCAAGAAGAGAGUCAGAGGAAGUGGGAUUACGAGGACACCUGGAACUCAUGCCAGAUGAUAGCUGGAAUCAUUUGUGCGCAGAGAGCACUUAAACUUUGUAGCUGCCAGCUGCUGGAAUCAUGCGAAUAUCAUCAUUAUGACUUGUGGCACAAAGCACCUAGGUUGCAUUGGAUUUUGUUUGCCAAUGGUCCCGCUGGACCGCCUAUCUACCGAUUGAUUCUCCGAGUCUGCCUUCCAUGUUUGGAGGCGGUAAGCAGAAGGCUGUGUUUAGGUACAGUAUAGAGAAACGGUAUGAGAAAUAACAGGAAUAAAGCUAAGGGUAUGCCUAUAGGAAUAAAGCUAAGGGUAUGCCUAUUCUACAUGCAUAUCCACCUAGGGUUGAGGGCCUCUACCGUUCAUUGCUCACUUGGACAUUGACCCACCUCCGAGUUGAACCAUGGCGGCUUGGGGAGAGCGCCUCAGCCAGUGUGGCCAGUGGUUCUUCAAGUUGUGUUAACACUCAUCCUCUUACCC